ACUCAAAGUAAGAUGGGUUCUAAUAAACCUCAUGCUGUUUGUGUGCCUGUUCCACUUCAGGGUCACUUAAAGGCAAUGCUCAAAUUGGCAAAGCUCCUCCACCAUAAAGGCUUUCACAUAACCAUUAUCAACACAGAGUUCAACCACAGGCGCUUACUUAAAUCUCUUGGACCCAACUCCCUAGAUGGCUUGUCGGAUUUUCGGUUUGAAACGAUUCCCGAUAGCCUUCCAGAUUCGAAUGAAGAGGCCACCCAAGACCUCAAUUUGCUCGCUGAUUCCAUCAGGAAUAAGUUCUUGGCACCUUUUCUAGACCUCGUCACAAAACUGAACAAUGAAAAUCCAGUGACCUGCAUUGUUUCGGAUGGUUUCAUGCCUUUCACAACUCCUGCUGCCAAACAACUUGGCAUCCCCAUCACACUUUUCUUUACUUUUGCAGCAAGCAGCUUCAUGGGGUUUAAGCAAUAUCCUGCUUUGGUGGAAAAAGGACUUGCACCACUCAAAGAUGAGAGUUGUUUCGUAAAUGGAUUUUUAGACCAGGUUAUAGAUUGGAUUCCAGGAAUGAAAAAUAUCCGUUUAAGGGAUCUCCCAAAUAACUUUUUAACAACAGAUCCCAAUGAUGAAAUUUUCACUGGCGUCCUUGAAGUAAUUGGUCAAGUUCAUGAAGACUCAGCAGUCAUUGUACAUACUUUUGAUGCAUUGGAGCUAGAUGUUUUGGAUGCUCUCUUGUCUAUGUCUCCACCUGUAUACGCCAUUGGCCCUCUUCAAUUACUUCUCAAUCAGAUACCACAACACCCUUUGAAGUCCUUGGGAUACAGUCUAUGGAGAGAAGAAACUGAGUGCCUCAAAUGGCUUGAUGAUAAGGAGCCAAACUCAGUUGUUUAUGUGAAUUUCGGCAGCAUAACGGUAAUGACAUCGGAACAACUUGUGGAGUUCGGUUGGGGUCUUGCAAAUAGCAAGCUUACUUUCUUUUGGGUAAUUAGGCCUGAUUUGAUCAUCGGUGAAUCCGCAAUUUUACCACCUAAGUUUGUGGAUGAAACUAAGGGAAGAAGUCUAAUAGCAGGUUGGUGCCCACAAGAGCAAGUGCUUAACCAUCCAUCAGUUGGAGGAUUUUUAACACAUAGCGGUUGGAAUUCGACAAUAGAGAGUGUGUCUGCAGGCGUGCCUAUGUUAUGUUGGCCAUUCUUUGCUGAUCAGCAAACAAACUGCCACUAUAGUUGCAAAGAAUGGGGCAUUGGUAUGGAGAUUGAUAAUAAAGUGAAGAGAGAUGAACUGGAGAAGCUUGUCAGAGAAUUAAUGGAGGGAGAGAAGGGGAAGAAAAUGAAGAAUAAGGCCAUCGAGUGGAAGACAUUGGCAGAAGAAGCCACUGGUCCACAUGGUUCUUCAUCCACGAACUUAGAGAAAUUAGUGAAUCAAAUGCAAUUAAGAAAACGCUAG